AAUUGCACCGGAAAACAAUACACUUGGAGGUAGGUAGGAGGAGUGCUAUAAGCCAUGUCGCCUGGCAAGAGAAGAACGAGUCCCACAAUCGCAGCAAUGGGUCUCGUGGUAAUGCUUCAGCUUCUUGCGAUGUUGACCACGGCGGUCGCGGUGAAUCCAACGGGGCAAGCCUGCGAUGUGUGCGAAUGCAAGGGACCCGUAGUCAUCUGCACGGGGAGAAAUCUGACGGAACUACCCAGAGGUAUCCCUAAUGGGACGAAAGCACUUGAACUCGGAGAUAAUUUCUUGCGGGAGAUACCUUACGAUGGUUUGCUGGAAUUCAGAUCCCUCGUCAAAAUAAAUAUAGCCAACAACUUGAUCAAAACGCCGUUUAAAUUACCAGGAUCCGUCAGGGUCAUAUUCUUGGAUGUGAACAGAAUCUCGGAAAUACAACCUGGAGGGUUCGCGGGUUAA